AUGUCAAGUACAAAUGCAACAAUAUCGUACAUUGCUAAGCUUCAAUAUAUUUCGGAUCAAUUGUCACUAUAUAUGUCAGGUGUUAUCCUUGUUUUUGGCUUGAUCGGUAAUUUACUCAAUUGUUUGGUAUUUGCACAACGAUCACUUCGGUCAAAACCAUGUGUCAUCUAUUUUCUUGUGGCUAGUAUAUUAAAUUUAAUUAUUAUUUUCUCGGGACUUGCACCACGUACAUUUCAAUUUUUUUCUAUAAUACCAGAUCGAACAGAUACAGUGUCUACAUUAUGUAAAUUGCGUCUUGUUGUUAUUUUUACAAUGCGUACUAUUUCAUCAUGGCUUUUAACUCUCGCUAGUGUGGACCGUUAUUUGAUUUCAAAUCCUAAUGUCAAUCGACGUCGAAUGAGCAAUUUGAAGAAUGCUUAUCUAUCGAUUUUAAUUAUUGGUAUUAUUUCAGCUUUAGUUUGGGUCGAAGUUGCCUACUGUUUUGAUGCUAAUUUGGUUGGUACACCUGAAAAAUGUUAUGCUAAAUCUGAUGCAUGCCGUAUUUAUAAUGACCUUGCUCAAUCACUUAUUACAACCAUCAUUCCAUCGACAGUUAUGCUGGUUAUUGGCUUAUUUACUAUUAGGAAUGUUCGACAAGUUCAACGAAUAGGACAUUUUUCAAUUAGUAUGGGUAAUAAUAAUAAUAAUAAUAAUAAUAUUAAUACUAGACGAAACAGAAAAGACGAAGGAAGUUUAACUGCAAUGUUAUUUGCACAAGUUAUUCUAUUGACUAUAUUUACUUUACCACAAGCAGGAGAAAAAUUUUAUUUGACUUAUACAUUUUAUCAAACAAAAUCAGCAAUUCAACGAGCACUCGAAAGUCUUAUUUUCCGCUUUGUUCUUCUUCUUACAUUUGGACCUAAUUGCAUACCAUUUUACUUGUAUACAGUAACGGGUACAAUAUUUCGAGAAAAACUUGUCAAAUUAUUAAAAAAAGGAAUACGACGUUUGAAUUGCUUUCAUUAA